ACCUCUUCGUGCAAACUAAGCUGACUAAAGCAUCGUCACCAUAAACAGAUAAAGUGGAAACCUUUCUGUUGAUGAUGACCUUGAAUAACACCGCUGUAGGCCUAACCGUCAAAAGAGAUAUAAGCUAAUUUCUCUGCUUAGCUGCGAGUCACAUAUCACGCAUUACAAGUCUUCGGAAGUCAUCGUCGAUCUUAAAGAAUCCACGAGCAAGAUGAAACUGGCUGGAAUCAUUGCAACAUAUACAUUCAUAGUAUUCUUCUUCGCAGAUUUGAAAGCUGCAAAAGAUUGCUCAAGUUUGGACGAAGUCUGCCGUCUGCGCAAAAAGCCUGGGCCAUGCUGGGCUUUUGUUGUGCGAUACUUUUUUGACACGAAUACUGGAAAAUGCAAGCCUUUCAUUUAUGGUGGCUGCUUAGGAAACAAGAAGAACUUUCGUUCUCUCCAAGCUUGUCAAGUUAAAUGCCCAGAUCUGAAAGCUGCAAAAGAUCGUUCAAGUUUGGAUGAGGUCUGCCGUUUGCCCGAAAAGCCUGGACCAUGCAGAGCUGCAUUUCCGCGUUUCUUUUUUGAUAAGAAUACCGGACAAUGCCGGCAGUUCAUUUACGGUGGCUGCCAAGGAAACAAGAACAACUUUCGUUCUCUUCAGGCUUGCCAAUGGAAAUGCCCAGAUCAGCAAGUUGCAAAGGAUUGCUCAGAUUUGGCUGAAGUCUGCUGUCUGCACGAAGAUCCUGGACCAUGCAGGGCUGCAUUUCCGCGUUUCUUUUUUAACAAGAAUACCGGAAAAUGCCAGCAAUUCAUUUACGGCGGCUGCGAAGGAAAUAAGAACAACUUUCGUUCUCUCCAAGCUUGCCAAAUGAAAUGUCAAAAUUCGAAGUGUGUGACAUGAUGGACAAAGGAGAAACCAGAACAUAUCAACAAGAAUAGUUGCACGGAGAACAGAUACCACUUACUCCACUUCUUGGUUUGAAAGUUUCACACCAUCUGUGUUUCAUUAAGAAAAACUAUCACUGCUUGAGUACACUAAGAGAUACUGUACCUUAUGUCUUAAAUAAACCUACUGAGGUUUUCCUAUUGAA